AUGACAAAGGUUAGACAGGUAGAGCGAGUCCUUCUAACCCCGCCCUGGCAAUUAGGAAACAUAAAAGCAGGUGCUGACACCAUAACUUUCAAGUUCACAGGACAGCAACAAGGUGGAGCAAUGAAGUCUGUGUGGCCGUCUGCAUUGUUGCUCUCGCUUCUUUGCACUGGAGCUCUGGGUUUUGGCAUUCUGCCAGGCAGUUCUCUGACUCACCUGGACAUCACCCUGCAGGCCCUGUUUAAUGUGACUGUGCAGGUGUGCAGUGCCCUGGCUAAGGCUGAAGGGACAGACUUCACUUUCCCUGCACAGCCUUUCACCAUACAGGGUGUUGCUACAGCCUGUGGUGCACCUCAGUCAUCUAAAACUUUCGUUCAGUCCAUUCUGCACAUCAUAUACAGGAAUGUGCGUGUGGACAUCCGCUAUGCCUUGAAUGCCAGCUUCCACUUUGAUGAUGAGAUGUUUGUUCAAGGAAAGAAAAUCAUCACUGAGGGAAUACAGGCGGUCAAAGCAAGCAACAAGCUGGAGAAUUAUGAGGCAGCGAGGCAGAACCUGGGAGAAAUUCUGCAUCCUUUGCAGGAUUUCUACAGUCACAGCAACUGGGUAGAACUGGGAGAAAAAAGCCCCAACUCCAAUCUAAUCAAAUCUGGCGCCAGCAUUGGGAACAUAGCAGCUAGGAGCAGGGAGACCUGCCGCAGCUGUGACGGCAACAACUGCAGCAACAACAUUUUGGAGGAUAUCAUAGCGGAGAAGAUCCUGACGUCUGGAUACUUUAGUCUCACACCUGUAUUUGCAUUGAAACCAAAGGGAAAAUGCAGUCAUGGAGGGACAGUUGAUCAGACAAGUAAGAUCGAGCCUAUAGGUGGGAUCAACAAAGACAAAGAGAGUUCCAGCCAUGGAUAUCUCCACACUCAAGCUGCAAACAUUGCAAUAGCUGCAACCAGUGAGCUUCUAGAGGACAUUCGGGGGGCUGCUGGUGACAGACCAUUCUUGGAGAUGAUGGGUCUCUUUAAAGGAUCCAGUAAAGCUCUUUGUUUUGUCAUCGACACCACAAGCAGCAUGAAAGAUGACAUUGCAACAGUGAAAAAUGUUACUGCCACUAUAAUCAACCGUGAUGUGGGAACAGCCAAUGAGCCCUCGCUGUACAUUCUUGUACCAUUUAAUGAUCCAGGCUUCGGACCACUGACAAAGACAACAGACUCAGCAGUUUUCCAGAAUGCGAUUGAUUCUCUAGUAGCCACUGGUGGAGGAGAUCCACCGGAGAUGAGUCUCUCAGGGCUUCAGCUGGCUUUAAGCACUGCUCCAUUGAAUUCUGAGAUCUUCCUCUUCACGGACGCAGCCGCUAAAGACAAAAACCUGAAGAGCACAGUGAUCGCACUCAUAGAGAGGACCCAGUCGGUGGUCAACUUUAUGAUAACUGACACAUCAUCAGUCAACAGUCGGAAGCGGCGUGCUCUAUCCAAUAGGAUAGCAGAAGCUGACGCUCAGCUGUACAGAGAUCUGGCUCAGGCUUCAGGAGGCCAAGCUAUCGAAAUCACAAAGAGUGAACUUCCUCAGGCCACUGCCAUCAUAAAGGAGUCCUCCAACGCCUCUCUGGUGACCCUUCUUCAAGCAGCCAGGAACCCAGGAAAGGCUGAAAACUUCACUUUUAUGAUUGAUGACUCGGUAACAAAUCCUACAGUUUACAUUACUGGGAAAUCCAUCACUUUUACUCUCAUUAGCCCCACAGAUGAAUCUCAGCAUAGCAGUAACACAACGGGGUCACUCAUCAUUACAUCCCAGUCGGUGGGAAACUUCCAGUCCCUGCAGCUAAAAAAACAAACUGGAAAAUGGGAAAUGAGAAUGGUGUCAAGUAACCCCUACACUCUGAAGGUCAUAGGUCAGAGUCCUAUCGACUUCUUCUUUGACUUAGUGGUGGUGUCACAGGGCCCUUUCGGAGGAUUUGAUGCCCUGGAGACACGUCCCAGUGCUGGUGGCAAUGGUAGCCUGUUGAUGUCUUUAACGGGGAGUGACACUGCCACGGUGACAGAAGUGACUCUGGUUGGAUCAUCUGGGUCAGAGGUGAUUAAAGGAGUCUUGGUGCUGCAGAGCAAUGCAAGCAUCUUGGUUCUGGUUGACAAGUUUCCAUCAGAGGACUUUGUGGUGCGGGUGAAGGGACAAGCUGAUAGUUUCACCUCCAAGGCUUUAAUAGACUUCCAGAGACAGUCACCAACCAACUUCAGAUCAUCAAAUCUCACGAUAAAUGCUAAUCCAGAGACCAUCAUAGUACCCGGAACGCCAUUUUCUGUGACCUUCACUCUGAUGACGAGUGGAACAAGUGGAAACUUCACAAUUCGAUCCACCAACAGCAGAGGUUUCGACUCUACAUUUCCAACCAGUAUGUUCCUGGAGCCUGGAAUCACUGGUAAUGGCACAGUGACCCUCUCAGCACCUCUAAAUACCCCAUCUGGAACUGAUGUCACCCUGGCCAUUGAGGCCGAGGCUCCUGGGGGCACAGACAGUAACUACAUUGUGUUGCGCUUCUCCGUUCUUAACACGGUGACCGAUUUCAAGGCACCAGUGUGUGAGCAGCUCAGCCUGCAGACCAACUGCUCCGUUAACUGCAGCUUAUGGAUGUGGGAGAUCUCUAGCCGGGUGACUGAUGGAGCUGAUGGGACGGGCGUUGAUCUUGUCACCCUCAAGCAAGGAAACGGGACCAUAAACACCACCCUGGAUUCAGGCAAUGAGAACAUAACACUGGUGUAUUACAGUGCAUCCUGCUGUUCACCUGACAUGGAGAUAGAGGUUGUGGAUCGCGUGGGUAAUGUAGCCACCUGCUCCUACAGCGGAAGGCAAGGUUCAAUAUCUCCUGUCUCUGAAGCCACAAAGCUCACUCAGUCGCCCUUAUUUUGUCUCAGCAUUGUGAUUGUGGGACUCCACAUUCUGACAAAAAUGGGCAUCCAAUGA